UAACAAAGAAAAAAAGAACAUUUCGUUAAAAUUAAAUUAAACCAAACGAACGAACGAACACUCACCGGUGGGAAAAAAGUUUAGAAGCAGUGAAGAAGAAGAAAAGAUCCCUUCAGCGGUUGUUAAUGUCUAUAUCUUUCAUAUAACCUCUUCCUUUCCGUUACUCUUUCCCUUUUUAUAUAUACCAAAUUCGUUAUAACCUUCGCCACCACUCCAACCACCGCCACUUCCACCACUGUCCCCGCCACUUUCUUUUCUUUUUCUUUUUUCAAAAUCGUAAUCUGUGCUUAUUAAGCUUACGGUUGAGAUCACUCUGUUUUCAGAGAGAUUAUUUUUCAAAAAAAAAAAAGAAGAAGGAAUCUGAGGCUUUGAUAUUCAGUUUCUGUGUUUUUGCUUCGGAUUCUUUUUAUUUGUUGUUGUUUUCAUAAAUGGAAGUAACGGAGAAUUGUUCGGUGAAAGUCGCCGUUCAUAUAAGGCCGUUAAUCGCAGAUGAACGAACUCAAGGUUGUACCGAAUGUGUCACUGUCACUAAAGGAAAGCCUCAGGUGCAAAUCGGGACGCAUUCCUUUACAUUUGAUCAUGUUUAUGGACAUGGUGCUUCUCCAUCGAGUUCCAUGUUCGAAGAAUGCGUUGCUCCCCUUGUUGAUGGUUUGUUCCAAGGAUACAAUGCUACUGUACUUGCUUAUGGCCAGACAGGAUCUGGAAAAACAUAUACCAUGGGGACAGCCAUCAAAGAUGGUUCUGAGACAGGAUUGAUUCCUCAGGUUAUGAAUGCACUGUUCAAGAAAAUUGAAACACUGAAGCAUCAAACAGAAUUCCAGCUACAUGUUUCCUUCAUAGAGAUCCUGAAAGAAGAAGUGAGGGAUUUACUGGAUUCUGAACCUGUAAGCAAACCCGUAACUCCUAAUGGAAAUGCCGCGAAAGUUACAGUUCCAGGAAGGCCACCCAUACAAAUUCGUGAAUCAUCAAGUGGAGUUAUAACACUAGCUGGAUCCACUGAAGUUGCAGUCAGUACACUGCAAGAAAUGGCUACUUGCCUGGAACAAGGAUCAAUAAAUAGGGCAACCGGGAGCACAAAUAUGAAUAACCAGUCCAGUCGGUCCCAUGCCAUCUUCACAAUCACGUUAGAACAAAUGCACAAAAUCCAAUCAGUUUCUGCUGUUAAUGACACUUCGGAUGAAGAUAUGGGGGAAGAAUAUUUAUGCGCAAAGCUCCAUUUGGUGGACCUUGCUGGAUCUGAACGAGCUAAAAGAACAGGUUCUGAUGGUCUUCGGUUGAAAGAAGGUAUCCAUAUUAACAGAGGACUUCUUGCACUUGGAAAUGUAAUCAGUGCCCUUGGGGAUGAGAAAAAGCGUAAAGAAGGUGUGCACGUUCCUUACCGAGACAGUAAACUGACUCGACUCUUGCAGGAUUCACUUGGUGGAAACAGCAAAACGGUUAUGAUAGCUUGUGUAAGUCCUGCAGACAUCAAUGCAGAGGAAAGUCUUAAUACUCUGAAAUAUGCUAAUCGUGCUCGCAAUAUCCAGAAUAAGCCUGUUGUGAAUAGAGAUUUAGUAUCCAAUGAGAUGCAAAAAAUGCGCCAGCAGCUACAGUACUUACAAGCAGAACUUUGUGCUCGAGGAGGGCCUACUUCAGACAUACAGACUCUCAAAGAAAGGAUUACUUGGCUGGAAGCUACUAAUGAGGAUCUUCGUCGAGAACUUCAUGAAUACCGCAGCUUACGUGCUGUUGCAGAGUGUUGUGAAACCGGUGCUCAAGAAAGCCGUUCAUGUUUUGUAAAAAUUGAUGGACAUAAGAGGGCCAUUCAAAGUAUGGACUUACCUGAUUAUCAAAUGGAUGAAGUUCUUUCAGAUGACAAUCCUGGAGAAAUUGAUGAAGUAGAUAAAGAAUUGGAGCAUGCACUUCGAAGAAAUAACAUGGAUAGAGAAUUGAAUGAGUUGAACAAGCGCUUGGAGCAGAAAGAGUCUGAGAUGAAACUUGUUGGAGGAACUGAUACUGAAGCUCUAAAGCAGCACUUUCAGAAGAAAAUCACGGAACUUGAGGAGGAAAAAAGAAUUGUGCAGCAAGAAAGAGAUCGUUUGUUAGCUGCAGUCGAGAACCGUGCUGCUAAUUCUGACUCACAAAUUCAAAAGGCGCAAGAGAUCAAUGUGCAGAAACUAAAAGCGCUUGAGGCACAGAUUUCUGAUCUCAAGAAGAAACAGGAAAACCAGGUUGAGCUCUUAAAGCAGAAACAGAGAAGUGAUGAAGCAGCAAAACGGUUGCAAGCAGAAAUACAGUACAUUAAGGCUCAAAAAGUUCAGUUACAGCACAAGAUAAAACAAGAGGCAGAACAAUUUCGACAAUGGAAGGCCUAUCGUGAAAAAGAGUUGUUGCAGCUUAAAAAAGAGGGAAGGAGGAAUGAGUAUGAAAGGCAUAAGCUCGAAGCCCUGAAUCAACGCCAAAAACAGGUUCUUCAAAGGAAAACAGAAGAGGCGGCAAUGGCUACCAAAAGGCUGAAAGAGUUGUUGGAGGCACGGAAAUAUUCUAUACGUGACAACUCAGUUAAUCACAAUGGACAUACACCAAAUGGACAGAGCAAUGAAAAAUCUAUGCAAAAGUGGCUUGAUCAUGAGCUAGAAGUAAUGGUGAAUGUACGUGAAGUUCGUUUUGCGUAUGAGAAACAGAUCCAAGUGCAAACUGCUCUGACAGAGGAGUUAACCUUAUUGAAACAAGUGGAUCAGUUGUCUUCAAAUGGUGAAAUUCCUCACAGAGUAAACAAAGGACAUUCUAGAUUGUUAUCUAUGUCACCAAAUGCGAGAAAGGAAAGAAUAGCCUCCCUUGAGAACAUGCUCAGCAUGUCUUCAAAUGCACUCACGGCAAUGGCUUCACAACUCUCGGAGGCAGAAGAAAGGGAACGUGGGUCGGUUCGUGGGCGGUGGAAUCAAGUACGCUCAAUAAAUGAUGCAAAGAACUUGCUUCAAUACUUGUUUAACACUACUGGAGAAUCAAGGUGCCACUUGCGGGAGAAAGAUUUGGAAAUUAAGGACCUCAAACAGCAAUUAAAGGAUCUCACAGCUCUAUUAUGGCAAAGUGAGGCACAGAAAAAAGAGCUUGUGAAGGAGCAAAUGAUGAGGGAGCAAGCUGUUGCUAUUGCCUUAGCUACAUCAGCUUCGGGGAACUCUCGCAGUUCGUCUAAGCACUUUGCCGAUGAUUUGAGUGGUCCUCUUUCACCAGUGUCACUGCCAGCCCCUAAGCAACUAAAAUUUACCCCUGGGUUUGUUAAUGUAUCUGUUAGAGACUCAGCAGCAUUUCUAGAUCAAACACGAAAGAUGGUACCAGUUGGACAUUUAUCAAUGAUGAAAUUGACAACCAAGGGACAAACCGGAAAACUCUGGAGGUGGAAGAGAAGUCAUCACCAAUGGCUUCUUCAAUUUAGAUGGAAAUGGCAGAAACCAUGGAAACUAUCAGAAUGGAUCAAACACAGCGACGAAACCAUCAUGAGAUCAAAGCCUCGUGCACUUGCUCUAACUGACCGGAUAUGAUAAAAGCUUACAUUCACCACCUUCUUCGUCAUGUAUAUAUACAUCUUGACUGUCAUAAUGGAUCUCCACGGCUUACCAAGAAAAUAAACCCAGGCAUGUUGUAAAUAGGGAAGAGGUUGGUCUUCCUGGAUGUGUCUAAACAAUGAAGCUUAUGCAACCGUAGUGUGAUGGUAAAGGACUUUUGUGAUUUCAUUCAUAUAUUUUUCCAUUGUUUGUAGUUUUCUCUGCUUUAUUUGUUUAUUCUUUAUCAUGAAAAAUGGAAUGUCUUUUUUGUACGAUUGAUCGAAUUUUUAUUUUUUCUGUGUAUAAUAGUUACAGCAUUUUUAUUAUGUGCCAAGUGUUAAAAAGGUUUAUAGAAGUUUAACACUUUGACAUGUA